CCCCGUUUAUUUUCUGGCUACGAUCCAACGGAGAGGCCACCAAAUAACAACAGAACAGACGUGCUACGAACGCGUUCCUUCGACCAACCGCUCGAAUAUUUCUUAAAAGAAUUUCCAAAAUGUUUAAAAUCGUUUGUUUGUUUGCUUUUGUCGCAUUCCUGCAGACGGCUACUGCUCUGCAAUGCUACACCUGCGACCCCAAAUCGUGCGAAAACGAAAUGUCCAAAUGGACCAAAGUGGCGAACUGUGGCAGUCAGGUUGCCUUCCCCGAUAAACAGACCGGAGCAUGCUUAAAAACCAAAUAUAUGGAUAAACUCACCAACAAGGAGGUGACCGUCAGAAAGUGCAUAUUGGCGGACAAAAUGGCCGACGGAAAAGUCAGUUUCGCGUGCAAAGACACCGAAGGCAAAGUGUCUGUGUGCGAAGUGUGCAACACCGAUUGGUGCAAUUCCGCCCCGGCUGUCAGUGUUAGUUUCGUCACUUUCUUGGGUGUUGUUGCUGCAUAUUUUGUUCCCAAGUAUUUCUUGUAAGAGAAGAAAUGAGGGUUUUGGUGUUGAAUAUUAAGGUCAGGUCUCUGUAUAGUGAUUUCUUAAUGCAGGUUAAUAUUAUCUAUAGGUAGUAGAUGUUAAGCUUUCGUGUGAAUAUAGAAUGUAGAUUUAUUCAGUUAUAAAGAGAUUAUUAUUUUUUUUAAGUUAAAUUAUUAAGGGUUUUAUUGUUCUUUUCAAGAGUUGUUCUGUUUUUAUAUUUAAUUUGAUUUGUAUUUACUGUUUUUCAAUAAAUCGUUUUAUUAAUUUCAAA